AUGAGUUCCUUCAUGAUAUGUCUGAACUUCAGUGCCUUCCCCCUACUCGUGAACCACGCGUAACGGAGCACAUUGAGCAGAUAAUUGAUUUGAUAACCAAGAUAAUGGACAAUGGGAAAGCCUAUACUAUCGAAGGGGAUGUGUAUUUCUCUGUCGAUAACUUCCCUGAUUAUCUGAGUUUAUCUGGAAGGAAGGUAGACCAUAACCUUCCAGGGAAAAGGGUAACCGUUGAUACAAGAAAGCGAAAUCCUGCAGACUUUGCAUUGUGGAAGUCUGCCAAGGAGGGUGAACCAUCUUGGGAGAGUCCUUGGGGUCUUGGGCCUCUUGGCAGACCAGGAUGGCAUAUUGAGUGCAGUGCGAUGAGCGCUCAUUAUUUGGGCAAGGUUUUUGAUAUUCAUGGCGGAGGAAAAGAUUUGAUCUUUCCUCAUCAUGAGAAUGAGCUCGCACAAAGCCAAGCAGCUUACCCUGAGAGUGAGGUAAAAUGCUGGAUGCAUAAUGGUUUUGUCAACAAGGAUGGCCAGAAAAUGGCUAAAGCAGAUAAAAACUUCUUCACCAUCAGAGAUAUUAUUUCUCUGUACCAUCCCAUGGCUUUAAGAUUAUUUCUGAUGCGUACACAUUAUAGAUCAGAUGUAAACCACUCUGAUACAGCCCUUCAGGAAUGCAAGUUGGAAAACUAUAUACCAGCUGAUGAUCAAAAGUUGAUCGACGAGAACCAUUCAAAAUUUCUUGAGAAAAUGUCAGAUGAUCUGCAUACAACAGCUGUUCUUGAUCACCUUUUGGUGCCAUUGAGGGCAAUAAACAAUAAUCUAAGCGAUUUGAAGAAGUUGCAGCAAAGACUAGAUCAUCAGAAAAAGAAGCAGUCACUGAGGCAGAAGCAGCAACAGAAAAAACCAGAAGAUUAUGUCCAAACUCUGGUUGCCUUGCAGAAUGAAGUCAAGGAGAAACUAUCUAUACUUGGAUUGAUGCCAUCGUCAUCUUUGGCUGAGGCACUGAGACAACUGAAGGAGAAGGCAUUGAAGCGAGCAGGCAUGACAGCAGAACAAUUACAUCAGCUGAUCGAACAGCGAAUACUUGCUAGGAAGAACAAGGAUUUCGCCGAGUCUGACCGGAUCAGAACAGAUCUCUCUGCUCUCGGCAUUGCUCUGAUGGAUGAGCCUACUGGGACAUUAUGGAAGCCAUCUGAACCAGAACUAACUGGAGAAUCGUGACAUAUAUGAUCCAAUCGCUUUCUGUUCUUCAUGUGAAUGUAAGAGAAAAAAAAGGGGAACAGACAUCUUUAGACCAUAACAUGAAUAUUUUUAUUUUUACUGUUCACAACCAACUGAAUUAUUCUUCUAUUAAUUUCAUAU